AUGAACCGUUGCCGAAAUUGGUUCUGUGCGCGCAAUAAUAAUAACGACUAUGCUGAGGUUUCAAUUAAUGACGCAACUGCUUCCACACAUCAUGCUGUUGCAACACCAGAUUUCAUUAAAGAUCACCAACCAUCUACAGCGACUACCGCAACAACGGCUACUACAGCCACUACUGGUACGGGAGCUGGAACAGGCAUUAUUGGCGGUGGCGGUAAUGCACAUGUCGUCACUUUUCUCGAUGAUGUGCCGAGCGGCAAUAACGGCAUAGUUAGCACAACAAGUCGCAUAAUAACCAAUUCGGAAUUAAACGCUCAAGCAAUGGAUAACAAUUCGGAUGCUAUUGAGCCGAUGGACGAUUUUGCAUGUACUUCCGGUUCAUUGCUGUGUGAUGAAAAUGCGCCAUCAUCGAAAAAUUGCUAUCGUCUGGUAAUGUUAGG